AUAUAUCUCGCUUUUUUAAACACUUCACUUUUAGAGAGCGCUUUAUUGCCGUCUUUUGUAAGGUUUUCCGUGCUAAAGUCCGGUUCAAACUACGACAUAAACAGAGGCAAAAACAACAGAAAAAAAAAUAAGACAAAGGAAUGAAGUCAAGCGUACAGCAGUUAACAAUUUAAGGAAAAACGUUGUGAAAAUGUCGCAAGAGUGACAGAGCGGUUUUUAACUUUACUCUGACGCCCAAAUAUAUAAUAAGAGCUUAUUGAAUUAAAUCCGCAAAGAUUCAUGAAUGGAAACUAGUACAAACACGUAUUCGACUAGUAUGUUGGUUUUCUUUAUCUUUAACCCUUGAAACAAAGUGCAAUAGUGAAGUGCUGCGGAUGGCAGCACCGAAAUGACAGUCAAAACGUACGAAUAAAGAGUAAAUAAGUGUAGUGCACUAAAGUGUAGUUCACGGGCCGUUGAAACCACACUAUUCAAGUUUUCUCUAAUGCUAAGCGUACUUACCAAUUUUUAAAAUUGAAAAACUUCAGGGUCAUUAAACGGCUAAUUUCCCUUCCUUACUCAGGAAUACUUUACAUGUACAAAACUUGUACUUCGGAAAUGUUGAGUUAGUUUUUUCUAAUAAAAGUCCAUGUAUUUUUUUAAAAGGAUUAUAUCUUUGUGUAGUAAGAAAAUGGAAUUACAGGUGUAUCGUAAUUUGGUUCAUUAAAUUGAAAAGUGCUAGCUGGUUUAUUAUAUUCUUUGACAGGUAGUCGRGAAACGAUGUGAAAAAAUUAACUUAAAAAUCUAUUGAAAGUAAGCAAUAUUUCCCUUUAAAGUGGUGGAAAUGAGACGGAAUAAUUUCAAUGCUUCUGUGGGAUGAAAAACGGCAAUGAAAAUAUCAUUUGCUAUACUUUUAUUGAUAUUCGCUUCGUCUAGACGUCAUUUUGGUGAAGCAGCGCAACCUUGCGGUCAGCGAUUGAUCAUACCAUCACGACGAAUCGUUAGUGGAAAUAAUGCUGUUAUUCAAGAGUGGCCCUGGAUGGUUGGCUUGAUGCUUAAUGGAAAAUUGGUAUGUGGGGGGUCCUUGCUUGCCCCUGAUACUGUGGUAACCGCUGCCCAUUGCUUAAUAGAUUCUGAAGUAAAUCAUUGGAAGGCAAUACUAGGUCAAGAUCAGGUCGACGRUGCAAAAACUACAGACAUUGCAUCUUUUGUCAUACACCCUUUAUUUCGAUACAACGGACCAACCUUUSAACGACCAUGUGAAUAUGACAUAGCGUUGCUCAAACUAUCWGUCAACAUUUCAUUAAGUACAAGCACCUUCCCUAUAUGUCUCUUACCGAAAGACGCAUCUUCUGUCCUAAAAAGAAAUUGUCAUGUGACAGGAUGGGGACUUUCGUCAAAGCAAGGUUCACAAUCCAGUACACUACAAGAGAUCACGGUGGAUAUAGUCCCUAAAGAAGUUUGUAACAGUAAUAUCAGUUAUAAUGGAGUUAUUCACGACAGUGCGAUCUGUGCGGGGCCUGAGGCGGGUGGACGUGGACCUUGUCAGUUUGAUAGUGGUGGACCGYUGGCCUGCGMGGAGCGCGGUGUCUGGUGUCUUACGGGUAUAGUKUCUUUCGGGAUUGGAUGCGCAAUUCCACACAAAUAUGGAGUUUACUCAAACAUGUUUCUAUUAACGAGUUGGGUUGAAGAGCAGUUAUCAGGUCUAUUAUAGCGACAAUUUUUUUUAUUUGCAUCCUAUCCAAAUAUACCUGAUUCUAGCUUAUUAAGUAAACUUCAAUUAUGAGAUGCGAGGUUCAGUUGCUCAUGUGACAUCAAGUGUUACCAUGGAUACUCCAAAAACUACACUGCAAACUUUGAAUGUACAGUCAAGUCUCUCUUAAGCGACCACCUCGGGAUCAGGAAAAAGUGGUCGCCAAAGGGAGAUGGUCGUUUACGAGAGAGUUUUUUUAGGCAGAUAGUUUAUAUGGGAAACAAUCAUAACGGAUGGUCGUUUAAGUGAGAUGGUCGCUUACAAGAGUGGUCGUUCAAAGAGAGUCAACUGUACUCGCUUUUUGAGUUAAAUAAACUUCAAGUUCUU